AUGGGGAAGGAUAGUCUAAAAUAUGUCAAGUGCCGAAAGGAUAUGAAUGCGCAAACGGAAAACACCGAGCAGAACCACGCCGACCAGGGAGUCAUCGUCGACCCGGAAUGUUUAAUCAAGCACCCGCUACAGUCGACCUGGACGCUCUGGUACCAGGAACCGGACCGCAUCAAAUCGUGGGAAGACACCCUGAACGAGGUGACCAGAUUUUCCACCGUCGAGGACUUUUGGAGUCUACUCAACCACAUCAAGAGCCUGGCCGACAAUAAGAUCGGUAGCGAUUACUCUUUGUUCAAGAAGGACAUCCGAUUGAUGGGGAAAACGAUAGCAACAAGCGCGGCGGCCCGUGGAUGUGCCACGGUCGCAGCUUCAGGAGCUGAUCAAGUAUGGCUAGAUUGCCGGCUGUUCGGGCUCGAAAGAAGUUGAUCAUCAAUAUUAAUUUCUAUUCCCGAUCAGCCUAGAUAGCCGUGUAGUGGCGGUAGCAGUUCCUUCAACUGGCUAAGAAUAUCACUACGGAUUGUCUGAUCCGGUGGUAAGAGUCCACCAAACAGGCGAUCCCUAAUUCAUGGUGUCAUGCGGCUUAAUGCGCACCGUGCCUAAGAAUGGAUGGUUAGGGGGGUCUAAUAAAAACCUAACCGCUAACGGUGCCUGUGGAGUACCAGGGCACCCUCCACAGUAUUUUGCCCUUACUGUGUUAAACGGGGCAAUGACGCAGUGGACCUUAUUUUUCUCCUGUAAAUAGUAAAAAAAAUGAGUACCUUGAAGAUUAUCCAAACAAAUCUUCACCACGCGAAGGGUGCUUCAGCUGUGCUCAGCAGAAGAUUUAUUAGAGAACAGUUAGACGUGGGCUUAAUUCAAGAGCCCUGGGUAAAUAAUGGAAGGGUAAUGGGUUGCUCUUCGCAGAAUUGUAGGAUUUUGUACGACGAAAGUCAGUCUAAUCCAAGAACAGCCAUUUUAGUAAGUAGGAGAACAAAAUUUGUCCCAAUUACUGAGUUUAUUACUAGAGACAUUGUUGCGAUUAAAAUGGAGGUCCCAUCAAUCCAGGGAAAAACUGAGGUAUGCAUUGCUUCUGCAUAUUUUCCGGGAGACGUUGAUGAUGUGCCUCCAUCUUUGGUCGUAAGUUUUGUUAAUAAUUGCAAAAAAAUAAACGCCCAAUUUGUAAUAGGGUGCGAUGCAAAUGCCCACCAUACCAUAUGGAGCAGUACAGAUAUUAAUAAAAGAGGUGAGGAUCUCCUGAAUUACAUUUCGUCUAAUAACAUAGACAUAUGCAAUAAAGGGAAUUCUCCAACUUUUGUUAAUGCUAUUCGACAGGAAGUUUUAGAUCUUACGCUUUGUAGCUAU